CGCACCUGUGUACUGGCCGUCCCUGCACGUACCAGAGGCUGCAUUUCCAAACCUGGUCUGCAUAGCCCUGCCCUCAGCUUUGAUGCAGCUGUCUCCCAUUCUCUUCCCAGCGAACUACUGUUGGUUCUUUAAGGCCCAGCUCCAGUGUUCUCUGAACCUUCUCUCAUGCCUCUUCCUGACCCCUUAAUCCCUCCAAAGUGUUUCCUCUUCCCGGCUUCAAGCUUCCUCCUUAGACUCUAAGCUCCCUGCAGGUAGGGUGGACCCACUCUCCCUCUUAGAGCCCCAUAACAAACCUCCCCACUCCAUACCACCCCAAUCCCCUAGCUCGUUCGUGACCUAGUUGCAGGUCCCUCUGGGAGCCAGGUACUGCCAGCUGAACAGAGCAAAGUCUACGGACUGAUGAAAGGCCAGGAUGAGAAGAGGGUACUCAGGGAGCCAUGGGCGCAGCCAUGGUCUGGAAGAAACUGGGCUCCGGCAACUUCUCCGACUGCCCCAAUGGCUCCCGCCGGUGGAUAUGGGACGUGUUCGGCGAAUGCGCCCAGGACGGCUGGGAUGAGGCCAGUGUGGGCCUGGGCUUGAUCUCGAUUGUCUGUUUUGCAGCAUCCACCUUCCCCCAGUACAUCAAAGCCUGCAGGACGGGGAACAUGGACCAGGCGCUGUCUCUGUGGUUCCUUUUGGGCUGGAUUGGAGGGGAUUCCUGCAACCUCAUCGGCUCCUUCCUCGCUGACCAGCUGCCCCUGCAGACCUACACGGCGGUGUACUACGUGCUGGCGGACCUGGUGAUGCUGUCCCUCUACUUUCACUACAAGUUUAAGAAGCGCCCCUCUCUGCUGUCUACCCCCAUCAAUUCUGUGCUGCUGUUCAUCUUGGGGAUGGCGUGUGCUGCCCCACUGCUGAGGACCACGGGCCCUGUGGCCGCCCGGAGGGAGGUCUUCCGGGGUCGGACGCUCCUGUCAGUGGAGCCGGGCAGUAAGCCCUUCACUCAGCAGGAGAUCAUUGGCUUCGUCAUCGGCUCAGUCUCCAGCGUGCUCUACCUGCUUUCCCGGCUGCCUCAGAUCCGCACCAACUUCCUGAGGAAGUCCACGCAGGGCGUCUCCUACUCGCUGUUCGCCUUGGUGAUGCUGGGGAACACGCUGUACGGGUUGAGCGUGCUGCUCAAAAACCCGGAGGUGGGCGAGAGCGAGGGCAGCUACCUGCUGCACCACCUGCCCUGGCUCGUGGGCAGCCUGGGCGUGCUGCUGCUCGACACUGUUAUCUCCAUACAGUUCCUGAUAUACAGGGACACGGCCACCUCCUCGGAGCGCCAGCCCCUCCUCCCCAGUUGACCCGGACCCAGGCCAAGCCCAGGACAACGGGGAUCUCCAGACGCUGCUCCCAAGAAGGGACAAGUGCGGGCAGACAUGGUGCUGCUGACCCUGGAGUGGGCCGUGGAGGCAGCUGGGGGUGCCUUAAGGGCCCGGCCCAGGCACCUCCCCCACCCCUGGAACCUGCUGGGUGACUCUUCCAGGAACCCUGACUGAUGGACUCUUCAGGGGGCAGGGAAUGGGGAACGAGGGGGGCGCCGGGGCUCGUCCCUCCGGAGACGCACCCUUAGAAUCUGAGACUGCUGUCCCUGGGAGCCCCCACGGGGGCUGCAGCUGAGACCUUGGCUCCUCCAAAGGCAGUGGGCGCUCCCCGACUCCCCUCUCUCUGUCUGCCUGCGCGCGCGCGUGCGCGCGUACACACACACACACACACACACACACACACACCCCUGGAGCGGGUGUGGUUGUCGCCAGUGUCCCUGGGACUGUCGUGUUGACUGCAGACAGCGCAGUAAACGGCCCCUCCCAGCGAGGCAUCUUUCUGGUGCUCCUUCCCUGAGGUGCUGCGGUCUGGGCUGCGCGGUGCACAGGAAUCCGGGCCCCAGCUUCCAGGUCCCAGGUAGCGGUCUAGAGGCUGAGAUGUGGCAGAGCCAAACAGGAGCAGACUGUCCCGCCUCCAGGGGACCUCGGGUUCCGGGACCUGGUUCUCUUUAACAGAAUCCACACCCGCGGCUGAGGAUCCAGCAGCGAGGAUGAUGGGGUCCCGGCCCCUCAGUGCUCAGGAAGCUGCAGGAAAAAAAAAAGUUAAGGUUCAGAUCUUGGUUCUGCCUCUUAGCUUCUCUGUGCCUCAGUUACCUCAUCUGUGAAAUGGGUAUAAUUAGAGGUUAGUCCCAAAGUCUGGCAUGGAGUAAGCGUACCAUAAAGGUUAGCUUUGGUAAUUUUCAGUUGGAGGAGAGGCACUUGCAGAUCUCCCUGCAGAUCAGAGACCUUCCUGGAGGAGGGCGACAUGCAGGAGAUCACGUGUGUGUGUGCCACGUGCCUUGCUCUCAGGGCAGCCCAACUUUGGGGGCUUAGGCUUCCUUCCCCCUUCCUGGAGCCCCCAGGCCCUCCCAGGAGAAGCUGCCCCCAGGCGCCAGCCGGCUCUCACUUGGGCCUGCUUGGGGCACCCUCGCCAGCCAGCUUCUGGCUCCCCCCGGGGCCGGGACCUUGCUUGAUGUGUUACCGGGGACUCCCUCACCAUAGCCGUGAGCACCCCAAGUGUGGGCCUCAGUCAGAGCUGCCUGAGAGAGAGGAUGGGUCACAGCCCUGCCCGGAGGACCUUGCCUCGUGAAGGUGGCCUCCUCCCUUCCUCCCGGGAAGCACCGGUCUGUGAGGCCAUAGCUUUUGCUUUUCUGCCAUGCCCAGUCGGCGCUGAGCCACGGUUCUUCCUCCCAAAGGAGGCUGGGGUCUGACGGCUGUGGCCCAGGCAGCAUCCUGUCCGACAGAGGAGGGAGCGCUGGCGGUGGAGUGUUUAGGCUCCAGCGCCUGCCGCCGCCACCACCACCACCGGGCAAGGGGCGGGUACGGGAUGGCGACAGGAGUGUCGCCGGUGCCCGGACCCCCCAGCUUCCUCCGGCAGCUCCCCCACACGGACGGGGCCAGGUGGGCAGGCCUAGGUGGGGAGCCCCGGGAGACUUCCCUUCUCCCCCCGGGGUGCACACCUCUUAGCUCGCUGCAGGCAGGGGGUGGUCCGGAGGGGUGAGCGCUCCCGCCGUAGUCCUCCCACCUGACGCGCAGGCCCGGCGGCGUUCUGCUUCCUGGGUUCAGGCCAGACUCAGCCAAGAGGGACACCACCCUGUCACUUGUCGGUUGUCCUGGUCCCGGAGGGAGUGUCUCUCUGGACACUCAGGGGGAGCAGGAGGCUGGACCAGUCACCCCAAAAGAGCCCUCGCUUGGCUCUUGACUCUCCCUUGAAUGAGAUGCCAUGUGUGCAAAGGCCUCUCACAGCGCCUGGUCCCCGUGUCCCCCCGAAUCCUGCCGGGGACAGGAAGAGCUGGCAGGCAGGUGGCAGUCUCCUAGGAAGCAGAAGGGCCCAGCGUGCCAUGCUCAGCAUGUGGCCCCAGGCCCUUCCAGCCCAGGGUUCUUCAGUAAACUUAAUGGGCUUCUUUAAGCCACAAUUUGGACAUGACCUUGAGUCCCCAAAGCUGAGAACGGGGAGCAACCUGCAGCUCACUGCCCUGGUCACCUCUUCUGCUGUUGGACUUGGCUUUCACUGUUGCUGAAUGGAGGGACCGCAGAGGCCGCUGGGUAGACAGCCAGGUGCUGACUUCUGUGACCACCUGGCCCACCUGCCUCCCUUGAGAGCACUGACCCAAUCCAGAGGAGGGUUAGCCCCACGGUGGGAGUGGGAAUUGCCCUCUGCUGCGGGUUAACUCCACGCACCUGAGUACUACGGCUCAGUCCCCCAGCCCCGUGACAGCCCGAGGACACAGCCACCCAUGGGGAUCUCUGUGCAGCACACGGAAGUGCUCUGGGAAGACCAGUUUUAUCAGUACUUCCCCAUGCCCAACAGUGUGGGCAGAGGUCUGUCCUGCUCACCCAGCCCACAGUAGGUGCUCAGUAAAUGUCUGAGUGAGUGAAUGCCCGAAACAGCGUCCGUCAGGGAGCCUCCAUCUGGUGAAGGUACCAGGCAUGGAACCGACGAUCGCGGAACUCCUGAGUGUGUGCCCUCGACGAGGGGCGAGAGCAUGCUGUAGGAGCUCGGUCUCAAGACCGCUAUUUGAGAAAGGAUCAAGUCAGCAAUGACUAAAUUUGCAUGGGAAGUUAUGGGUAUAGAUAUAUUACAUCUUGCAACAUUUC